AUGGCCCACGCUGUCACUGAAGUUGCCCUCCUCACCUUCCUCCCGGACGCCGACAUCGAGUCGUCUCUCUCGACCGUGGAGGCCAUUUCCUCCCGGCAGGAGGGAAUUGGUGAAAGGCGCUGGGGGCGAGUGGGAGAUGAUGAGACAACCGUCCAGUUUCUUGCGAACUGGGCCGAUAUCAGCUACCACGAGCAGUACAUCAAGAUCCUGACGCCGAUUCUUGCGGCGCCGCCUGUUGUUUUCCAUGUGCAUUUGGAUCAAAAUGUUCUGCACCGCGUUCUUGACGCGCCUAUUGUUGAGGUCGUGACGUUCUAUGGUACCUCCGAGGAGACUCAGUCUAUACCGGGGAGGGUACUGGGUAGCUCCAGUGCUCAGGGCAGUCACUCCACGGUAGUGCACGGUCCGGUGGUGGAGCAACUUGCGAAACCUGGAGACAAUGCAACGACGAGAGCUUACUUUGCGAUGGCUGGGUGGGAUUCGAGGAACAACCCCGGUCUGUUGGGUACGAUGGAACCUGUAAUUGUACGAAAUGAGCUGGGGUCGGCUACGAUUCAGGUGCGGGCCCUUCUGGAAGAUUGCCGAGGCCUCUCGGAUGCCGGCGAGGUGGUGAUUUGGUGCAUCCUGUCUGCUGGGCUGGAUUUGUUUAUAUUCAGCCUUGCGUCUGCAGUCCUUCCUGGAGGAAAUGAGGUGGACUUACAGCAGUAUAUGGCAUCUACUCUGCGGUCUCUUCGGACGCUCAAUACCUCCUACCAGCUUCAUAAGCUUCCACGACAGCUACGCCUACACCACACCAUCAUCAACGCUUUCCUGUUUGCCAUUCGCAGCAGGCUCCAGCAUGGCGCCGCGAAGGUCUCCCGUGCGGAGGCUGAGCCGCUAUUCGCCAACGCCGUCAAUCCCAGCUGA